UAACAUUGGAAGUCCACAGUAACCAGCCUGUUGAGAAGAAUUUAGAUCAUCCAGCUUCUUGUGUACAAAAGAAAGAAGACAAUUCUCCGAUAUGGGGCGUUGGAUGAAGCCAGAGGUAUAUCCACUGAUCGGAGCAAUGACCUUUGUAACGAGUAUGGUCGUCUUCCAGCUCACAAGGAAUGUUAUCAAAAACCCAGACGUCAGAAUCAACAAAGAACACCGGAAAACAGCAGUGCUGGAAAACAGAGAGGAAGGGGAGAGCUAUAGAGAACACAGCCUACGAAAGUUCCUGAGAACUCGUCCACCGGAAGUCAUGCCAACCAUAAACCAUUUCUUCUCCGAAGACAAAUGAUAAAAUUAUCAUCAAUUCAAGAGAAACACAUAGAAAUAAUUCAUGCUUGUAUACUUUUUCAUGGAAAUAUUUGAUCAGUGAAUAAAUAAAUUUGAUUUAGCAAUAUUCGUCUUUUAUCAAGGAUUUUGCAAUAUUCUGUCAUCAAUCCAAGUUGCUACCAAUGAUUAUAAAACUUUAAUGUUCAU